GCGCAGCGCGAGGCAGGCCAGGCGGAGGAGAGGGCUGCCGCCAGCCUUCUCAAGGUCCGAGGGGCGGGGCUGGCGAUGACGUCCCGCAGGAGUGGCCUGGGCCAACUUGGAGGUGGCCGGGAGCGCGCAGACCCGCAGAGACCGGGAGACCGCGCGGGCCCAGACGCAGUCUUGCCUCUGGCGUCAUGUACGACGUGUCCUUCUCGGGCUGCGGCUUACUGGGCAUCUACUACGUGGGGGUGACCCAGUGCCUGAGCGAGCGCGCCCCGCACCUACUCCAGAACGCGCGCAUGCUGUUGGGCGCCUCUGCAGGGGCGCUGCACAGCGUCACCGUACUCUGUGGGAUCCCAAUCGACACAGUUUUGGAGAUAAUCAUGACCAUAGUCCAAACUGUCAAGAUCUGGAACAUUGGCAUCCUCCACCCAUCUCUCCACAUAAGCAAGUAUCUUCGUAAGAGACUUAGCGAGGAACUCCCAGACAACGUCCACCAGCUCACUUCCGGCAAACUGUGCAUCUCGCUCACCAGAGUGUCCGAUGGGAAAAAUGUUCUGGUUUCUGACUUUGAGUCCAAGGAUGAAGUAGUGGAUGCCUUGGUGUGCUCUUCCUUCAUUCCCUUCUUCACCGGCUUAAUCCCACCUACCUUCAGAGGCGAGCAAUACAUAGACGGAGGAUCAAGCAACAACAUGCCCUUCUUUGAUGCCAAGACAACCAUUACUGUGUCCCCCUUCUAUGGGGAGAUUGACAUCUGCCCUAAAGUCAAGUCCACCAACUUCUCUCUUGUGGAGGUGAACAAGUUCAGCCUGCGCCUCUGCUUGGGGAAUAUCUACCUUUUGACCAAGAUACUGCUGCCCUCAGAACUCAAGGUGCUUGGGGAGAUUUGCCUUCGGGGGUAUUUAGACGCCUUCCGGUUCUUGGAAGAGAAUGGCAUCUGUGAGGGGCCCCAGCCAGGCCCAACCUUACGCUCAGCAGUGUCGGGGUGCCCAGCAUACUCAGCAGUGUCGGGGUGCCCUGGGAGCCUGGAAUGUGCAGAGGCAGCAGCCCCGGAGAUCUGGCCUGAGGGGGAUGAGCUGCUGGACCACCUCCGCCACAGCAUCCAGCCCUGGGAUGAAAGCAUCCUGGAUAUCUUGUCACCCAGACUCAUUUUAGCACUUCGAGAAGUAAUUAAAAAGCAAAGCAGCUACAAGGACUACAUUGUCUUCCCUGUGAAGGUUCUGUCAUAUGCAGUGCUGCCCUUCACGCUGCCUGUGGAGUCAGCUAUCACCAUGGUCCAGAGGCUGAUGAUGUGGCUUCCAAGUAUCUCCAGUAACAUCCAGUGGCUGCAGUGGGCCACCUCCCAGGUGUGCUGUCAGGUGAUGAAGCGGCUACUCCCCAGUUCCUCAGCUCCGGCAGGCAGCCCACAGCCCUCCCCACAAAAACCAGAACCCAGUGGGCAGCCCUGUUCUCCCUUCUCCUCUGAAGACCCCAAGGUCUGGUCUGUGAACUGUGCUGUGGACACCAGAGCCCACACUGCCUGGAGCUCCAUCCUGCAGGCAAGCCAGGCAUUGCUGGGCAGCAGAGUCUCUACUGGAUUUGGGGUCAAGGGCAGUGCCUCUUCCCCUCCUUCUCAGUAGAGGAAACUUUUGGAGACUUCUUGGAGGCACACUUAGGGGGUCCUUUGGGACCUGCAGUGCAAUGUCUGCAACCUCCACUCUCCAGCCUCUCUGCUGAAUUGGCAGUUGGAGACCACCGAUGAUCCACCUGCUUUUACGAAAAGUAGCUGGGAGGCUACUUGUGGUCCAGAGGAUGAGAAAAACCUCAUCUUGAAGCAUCUGAGUCAUUUAGCUCAGCUGACUGGGCCAUGGCACCAGGACCUCUCUCAGCAAGGAAAAUCCACCCUGCCUAUCUCUAGCCUUCCACAGCCUUGAGUAAGGGCUAUAGGACCGCUGGUGCUUGCACAGGAAAACCUGGUGAUCAGUGAAUGGGCUGCCUUCUGCAUGGUCCUAGGGGUUGAGAGGAGAGAAGCAUAACUGCAUCUCCCAGUGUAGAAAAUGGUAGUGUCCAUUCUUCUUUUUCCUCAAUGCCCCCCCAUUCUCUGUGCACUCCUUCCUUACUGUAGACUAACCAGAAAUAGCUAAUUCCCCCAUGGGUCAUAGGCAGUUGCCAAGCACAGUGUGAUGGUACUCAUGGUACCUGUUUUUCAUUCUUUUUUUUUUAAGCAGCUGCUUUAUUUUUUUUAAUUUUUAUUAGUGACAUAAUGUUAAUUUACAAAAUUAUGAGAUAACAAGGAUAUAAUUCCACACAUUUCUUAUCAUCAGAUUUCUAUGUCCCCACUCCCCCCAAUGGAAACUGUAGUAGUUCUCUCAAGAUCAUAGAUAUUGGAUGACUAUUAUUUCUUUUUUUUAUUUUUAUUUAUAAAAAGGAAACACUGGCAAUUACAGAAGCCAGACCUCCCACCUUCUGCAUCCCACAAGGAGCUUGGGUCCUACUCCCAGCAGGUUAAGGAAUAGGAAAGCUAUCAGGAGAGGGGGUGGGAUAUGGAGUUCUGGUGGUGGGAAUUGUGUGGAGUUGUACCCCUCUUAUAUUUUGUCAGUGUUUCCUUUUUAUAAAUAAAUUAAAAUAAAAUAAAAUAAAAUUUAAAAGGUCUGACUUCUGUAAUUGUUUCCCCACUGAACAUUGGCGUUGGCAGGUCGAUCCAUACUCUCAGCCUGUCUCUCUCUUUCCCUAGAGGGGCGGGGUUCAGAUAGACAGAAAUCACUAAAAUUCAAGCAGAAAUAAAGAACAUCGAAAAUAAGAGGACCAUACAAAAGAUCAGUGAAGCCAAAUGUUGGUACUUUGAAAAAUUAAAAUUGACAAACCCUUAGCCAGAUUCACUAAAAAAAGGGGGGGGGAGAAGACUCAAAUAAAUAGAAUUGUAAAUGAUAGAGGAGAUAUCAUAACUGACACCAGAGAAAUCCAGAAAAUCGUGUGAAACUUUUAUAAAGAACUAUACACCACCAAGCUAGAGAAUCUGGAAGAAAUGGAAGAAUUCCUAGAAACAUGCCCUGCCAAAACUGAACUAGGAAGAACUACAGAACCUAAAUGCACCAAUCACAGACAAAGAAAUUCAAACAGUUAUUAAGAAUCUUCCCAACAAAAAAAGUCCUGGACCAGAUGGCUUUACAAACGAAUUCUACAAAACCUUCAGGAAACAGUUAAUACCUAUACUUCUAAAGCUCUUCCAAAAGAUCAAAGGAACAGGCACACUCCCUUCCACCUUCUAUGAAGCCAACAUCACCAUGAUACCAAAAGCAGAUAGGGACACAACAAAAAAUGAAAACUACAGACCAAUAUCCCUGAUGAACAUAGAUGCCAAAAUACUGAACAAGAUCCAGGCCAACCGGAUACAGCAGUAUAUUAAAAAGAUAGUUCAUCAUGACCAAGUGGGAUUGAUCCCAGGAAUGCAAGGCUGGUUCAAUAUAUAUAAACCAAUCAACGCCAUUCACCACAUCAAUAAAAGCAAAACCAAAAACCACAUGAUUAUCUCAAUAGAUGCAGAGAAAGCCUCUGAUAAAAUCCUGUUGGUCUGCUUCUAAAUUCUGCUUCUAAGACCCCUUCUGUUGCAUUGCUUGCAUUGUGGUCUAUUUACAUAAUCUGUGUUUUGCCCCACUGGUUUAAUCCCCACUGGUUCAUUUGCUUUUUC